UUAUGAAGCAUGUCGAUGUCAUUUCUUUCUAAAGUGUACGCGUUUUACAAAAUAUAAUUGUAAUAAAUUGACUAGUGUUCGUUAUUGUUAUUUUGUAAAGCUUUUUAGUAACUAGACGGUGCCAGGUAGGGCAUAUCGUUUCUGGUAGUUCAAAUGAAAUGUAAUAAACUGUUUGAAUAAAUAGUACAUACUCCAUAAUUGUGUUAUUUUCAUUUUUUGCUGUUUUGUCUUGAUUAAGUACUUCAUGAAAAGAUUCAUCACAAUGACAGAUAAAAAAUGUGAUAACCAAAAUGCUGAUUCAAAAAAAUGUACGAGUAACCGUAUGUGUGAUCAAGAAAAAAAUAUCAUUACAUCUGUGAUUGAUGAUUACAAUCCUUGGGGUAAACCAGGACACGGGGCUCCGAAUACUGAUGGUCUUCGAAAAAGAAAAAUUUUUACAGAUCCACCAUCGCCUCCCUUGCAGAGAGUCAGUAAUGAAGUUACGACCAUGGGAAGACCUGGCGGUGGCGCUCCGCUUAAAAGUUCAUCCGGAAAAACAAAAAAUUUUGUGGUUGAAGAUCCUCAAUUGAGAUUUCAGUUUCAUGCUCCAGAUAGAAAUAUAGUAGAUAAUGAUUUUAGAUACCGAAAGUCACUUAAAGACCAAAGGGCAUAUAAAAUCGAAUUAGAUGAAAUGGUUCGAAAAAAACAAGAAAUUAUAAAUGAAAAUCGAAAAAGAGAAAUUAUUAAAGAUAAACAAUUGAGUUCAACUGUAAUUCCUUGGGGCACACCUUGCCCAGGGGGUAUUGUUUGGCGAGAUCCAAAGAGCGUAGGCAAACACUUCUAUCGAUCUUUGGGUUAUGAAGAUGGUAGUAUGAUGAUAGUUGGAUUAGGUUCCACUGAUAGCACAACAAAAGAGUCUGAUGAUAUUGAUAUAAUAACAGGUGGAGUUGAAUUAGCACCUAUAUUAGCUCGAAGAAGAAGACAAGAAAUAAAAUGGCCUUUACAUUCAAGUGACGUGACUAAAAUUUAUGAUCCUAAAUCUAACUUUUUAAUAGAUGAGAAAGAAUAUCACGAGUUUCUCGACAGGCAAAUUAGUGGUCGAGAAAAACGAAAACAAAGCUUGUGUCAAUAUAUGAAAAUAAACCUAAAAGGAUGCCUUAAUGUACUUGAUUUAUAGAGCAUCUCGUGACUGAGUGUUAAACUAGUGACAGUAUGUGACAGGUACCGACGCCUUAACAACUCAGUACCAUCCAUUUAGUAUCUCUAAAAGUUUAUUAUAAAUAAAAUGUUAAAUCUAUGUUGAUCAAGUAGAAUGUUCUAUUUAUACAAUUUUGACAAAUUAAAUUUUAUUAUAAAUUUUAUAAAGUUUAUCAAAAUUAUAAGUUUUUAUAGCCCAAUCAACUGAAACUGUAACAUUAAUUCGUUAUACAUUAUACAUUUUUAAAAAUGAGUAUUUAAAUGUAUUUUAAUGGAAAAAGAGUUUUGUUCUUGAACAUUUUGUUUUUAAACAUAAAAACUUUUCUCAAGCACAACAGAGUUAUACACGUAACGUACUUGGCAUUAUUGUCUAUACAAUAGAUCUACGACUGUUAAAAGAAAAAUUAUGUAUUAAAGAUAUUUUUUUUUUUGCUUAAGAAAAGAAAAAAUAUUUUAUGCAUAAACUCUAUAGCAGGGAUCGGUAAAUAGUUUCUCACGCGGGUUGGGUAGUUUCAAAAAAAAAUGUCGAGGUCCGACAGUGACGUAUUUAAAGAAAGGAUAUGGACAACUUCCCAGCCACCAAUAUUUCUUAAGUAUUUCUAAUAUAUAUCAUUAAGCUAAUCUGUAUUUUAUUAUUCUUCAUAACUUCUUAAAUAAUCUUUGAAUGCAAACUCUACGAAUUAAACUUUUUUUAUUAGAUGGAAGUAAUCGUUUAAUAAAGAUUAGAUAAAAAAAUUAAAAAAACAAAAUCACAUGUAAAUUUAAAUCGAAUAAUUAAUAAUAUUUAGUAAUAAUAAUACGAAUUAAAAAUUAUUAUAUAAUUAAUUAUUAAUUAUUAUUAAAUAUUUCAAACAACAUGCAUCACGGGACAACUUUUGUAUUUCUUUAGUAAUUUCAUCCUUUAUAACAGAAAAUAAUUAAGGGCUUAGACCAGAACCUCGGUGCGCUACUACUCUUACCCUAUAAUCUUCUGUUACUGCGCCCACACUUCUAACCCUGGUACAAGUGUCAUUGUACAUAUCCUCUAUUACAUUUGGCUUUUUGAUUUCAGAUUGGACAGUAUAAAACCUUUAUUUUUUAAUUCAUAAAAACGAAGUAUAACUUAAACUAUUAAUUUAGUUUAUAAUACUUUAUUUCGUACAUACAUCUCUAACUACUUUAUUUCUUCUCACUUUUUGUCCCCACUUACAUCCAAGAUCGGACAAUCUACCUAUGUUAAGCUUCAGUACUUCUCGUAUUUUUUAACACAAUUAUACACCAUAUCCUCGUUAGUCACCUCUUACAACUGGUAGAGGGGCCGUGGAAGCAUUUUUUUAAAAAAAAAUUUAGUCAUCUCAUUGAGAAGUAUUCUGAAACCAUUAUAUUUUCACAAAAUCAAAAUUAAAAAUUAAAAAAUAUAGUUUAACU